AUGUCACUUUGGGCCGACAAAUACUGUCCAAGAACCUUGGAUGAUCUUACUUAUCAUGAAGAAAUUUCGAAGAAAUUGAAGAAGCUUUCGUCGUCAGGAGACUUCCCACAUUUACUAGUCUAUGGACCUAGUGGAGCAGGUAAAAAGACGCGUGUUAUGGUACUUCUUAGAGAGUUGUACGGUUCAGGAGCAGAGAAAUUAAAAGUGGAUGUGAAAACGUUUCAAACGCCAAGUGGUAGGAAAUUGGAAUUCAAUGUGAUCUCAUCCCCGUACCACUUGGAAAUUACUCCCAGUGAUAUGGGUAAUAACGAUAGAAUUGUAAUACAAGAUCUUUUGAAGGACGUGGGACAAACUGAAAGUAUUGACUUUGCAGGUUUAUUGCACAACGAUGACAAGAAAAUUGUGAGUAAUAACAAAAAGAAGUUCAAAGUGGUUGUCAUUAACGAGGCAGAGCUAUUGAGCCGAGAUGCUCAAGCAGCAUUGAGGCGAACCAUGGAGAAGUUCUCGGCAAAUAUUCGUCUUAUUUUGGUAUGCAAUUCUACAUCGAGCAUCAUCGAUCCAAUCAAAUCGCGUACCCUUGCCGUCAGAGUGGGUUUGGCCACUUUCAAAGAGACUAGUGACGUAUUUCAAAACAUAUUGAAGCAUGAACAUAUGGCUGAUAGUUCUUUUCCCGAAGAUGAAGUGGAAAGACAAGCUUCAUUCCAGAAGGUGUAUGAAUCAGCUGAGGGAAAUCUACGGAUGGGUAUUAUGAUGCUCGAGGCAUUGUACAUGAAUAACGAACAUGUUACAUGUAGUACGGCGAUGAUUAGGCCGGACUGGCAGCUCGUUAUAGAUGAGCUGGCAAGAGGAAUCAUCAAAGAUCGAAGCGUUGGAAAACUUCAGCAUACACGGUCAGUUUUAUACGAGUUAUUGGCACAUGCCAUUCCUGCCAAUUUGAUUUUGAAAAGAUUAACAUUACAACUCUGGCAUGAUUUGGGGGAAUUUGCUGCCUUGAAGAAUAAAGACGAAACGUUGACCAAAGUGGUGGAUGCAGCAUCCACUUUUGAUGAAAGAUUGUCACUUGGAUCCAAAGACAUAUUCCAUUUAGAGGGAUUCAUCACUAGAGUUAUGGUGAUUGUGGAGGAGGAAUUGAAUGGACGUACAUGA